UAGCACUGGUUGGAAAAAACAAGUACCAUUGGCUUAAAUGGCGGCUGCUAGCCUGGUUCUUCUGAAAUCAGGUGGCACUUUGCUCGUGACAACAGGAUUACACUGAACGCAUGCUCAGUUGAGACUAUUGACAUAGCUUGAUAUGGACCGUAACAUUUAAAUGAUGACUCUGAGAACUUCAAAAGACAGCUAAGAGAGAGCCAACUGGUUUUCCACAUCCUCCUUGUCCUCCCCCACUCUGGGGAAACCCAUAGCAAAGACUGCUGGAAGUGUGCUGUUUAGCCAGAAACCAUGGCCAAGAAAGUAGCGAUUGUUGGGGCAGGAGUGAGUGGACUGGCAUCCAUCAAAUGUUGCCUGGAUGAAGGACUGGAGCCCACCUGCUUUGAGAGGAGCGAUGACAUUGGGGGGGUGUGGCGAUUCACGGAGGAUGUCGAAGAAGGAAGAGCCAGCCUUUACAGAUCAGUGGUCAGUAACACCUGUAAAGAGAUGUCGGCUUUUGCUGACUUUCCAUACCCAGAAGAUUUCCCCGUCUUUUUACCACACGCCAAGCUCCUGGAAUAUCUUAGGAUGUAUACAAAACAUUUUGAUCUUCAGAAGCACAUUCAGUUCAAGAGUACCGUGAUCAGCGUAAGGAAGUGCCCCGACUUCUCUGCCACCGGCCAGUGGGACGUUGUCACGGAGACUGAUGGGAAACAGAAAUCCGCCAUCUUUGAUGCUGUCAUGGUUUGCAUUGGUUAUCUUGCCGAUCCCUCAGUGCCACUCAAGUCUUUCCCUGGUCUAGACAAGUUCAAGGGGCAGUAUUUCCACAGCCGCUACUACAAAAGCCCCGAGGUCUUCAAGGAUAAGACAGUCCUGGUGAUUGGCAUGGGGAAUUCUGGAACCGACAUCGCCGUGGAAGCAACUCAGACAGCAAAAAAGGUGAUGCUCAGCACAGAAAGAGGUGCUUGGGUGAUAAGCCGUGUCUUUGACAAUGGCUACCCGUGGGACAUGGUGUUCCUAACCCGUUUUAUGAACAUUGUUCGAAACAUCCUCCCGGGGCGCUUCACAGGAUGGCUGAUUGAGAACCGAGUGAGCCAGUGGUUUAACCACGCAAACUAUGGCUUAAUUCCAAAGGACAGGACGGUGACGAGAGAGCCCAUUUUGAAUGACGAGCUCCCGUCCUGCAUCAUCACUGGGAAGGUCUCUGUUAGGCCCGAGGUGAAGGAGUUCAGAGAAAACGCCGUUGUGUUUGUGAACGCUCCUGGGGCAGAAGAAGUGGACGUCGUCGUCUUCGCCACGGGAUACAAAGCUUCUUUCCCUUUCAUCGACGAGUCGAUUGUCAAGGUGGAAAACCAGCAGGCUUCCUUGUACAAAUACAUCUUCCCCCCUCGGCUGGAGAAACCGACCCUCGCCUUCAUCGGCUUCCUCAGGCCAUUUGGGGCGGUGAUGCCUGUUGUGGAAACUCAAGCGCGCUGGGUCACACGCAUCUUUAAUGGCUUGUGUAAGUUGCCUCCAGUGACUGAAAUGAUGGAGGAGGUCAACGAAAAGAAGAAAAACAAGCUCAACUGGUUUGGCUUGUCCUUUGAUGAGGUUUUGAAAACAGAUUGCCUUGUAUACAUGGACCAACUUGCUUCCUACAUUGGCAUAAAACCGAGUGUACCAGCCCUCCUUCUCCAAGAUCCAGAACUGGCCCUGAAGAUCUUCUUCGGUCCCUGCUCUGCCUACCAAUUCCGCCUGAGUGGACCAGGGAAGUGGGACGGGGCCAGAAACGCCAUCAUGACCCAGUGGGAGAGGACAGUGAAGCCCACAAGAAUCCGAGUGGUGGAAGACUCUGGAAGUUUCCUCACAUACCUGAUGAAAGUCCUUGCCAUCUUUGCUAUUUUUGUCGGGAUUUUCUUCAGUUUCAAUUAGUUCUGCCAGUUCAAAAGCAUUAUUACCUGUAUCUUUCCAGAUGCAUAUGUUCUGCCUACGUGAUACUUCACUUUGCAGAAGUAAGAAAAGAAAGAAGGGCCUUUUCUAAAGUACAUACUCAAAUCUAAAUGUGGACAAUUUGACAUUUUUAUACUUGAGGGUUAAAAAAAUCAAAAUGGAAGCACAAAUCUUUGACACCUGAACAUGAAAAUGUGCUCUUGUUGGCGCACUAUUUGCACGCUGCUGUGUGCAAUGCACAAAGAAAUCUUCUCUACAUGCUUGGCUAUUAUAAAUGCACAGAAUUAUUAUUUGGAUAUUCAUUUACUCUGUACGACAUAGUGC